AGAGACAGUUGCAUUCUUCAUAUUAAUACUAUUUUGUGAACAUUACCAUAAAUUUAACUUACUAAUGUGAUUAUAAAACAUAUAUCAAAACCAAUAAUAAUAUUAUUACGACUUACAAAUACGGCAUAGAAGACGAGAAACUUUAUCAAUACACCAGGAGAAUGUAUUGUCGUAGUGUACGAAGAACCAGUGAUCGUGGUUAUAUAUCAUCAUUCAGUGGGGAUGAUGGCAGCAAUACUGUUGUUGUAAGGGUGAUACUCAUAUUAUCAUGUAUAUUAAUACAACAUAUUAAAUUAGUACAAGUGACAUCAUUGUAUUCGAAUGUUAGUGAUAAUGUUAGUAGUGACGAUGAUGAUGGUAAACUUCAAAGUGAUAACACUAUUCACCAUUAUGUAAAUUCAAUUCAAGAUGCUGCAACUAUUACUGAUAAGUAUGAUAUGAAGAAAAUUAGUAAUGAAGGUACUAAUCAUGAUAGUAGUUUGUUGAAGACGGAUUCAGCUAUUGAUGGGUAUUAUUUAGAUUCGUUAAUGGAUAUUUUACCUGGUCAUUCAAAUGGACCUGGUACAAAUGGUGAAUUAGGUGUGUUAAAUUGUCCAAGUGACAAUGUAAUUAAAACAAAGUACAAAUGUAAAUUAAAUGAUGAGUGGGUGGAUUGUACAAGAAAACAUUGUUGUAAUGAUUAUACUUUUAUUGCAGGACGAUGUGUACACAAGUCGAUAGAUCCGUGUACAUUAAAUUUAUGCGAACAAAAGUGUACUGUUUAUUUGCAACGAGUUAUUUGUACGUGCCACGAAGGAUAUACAUUUAGUCCCGAAAAUCAAAGGAAUAAUAUUCGACCGUUUUGUGUGGACGUGAACGAAUGCGACGACGACAAUGGUAAUUGUGAACAUACAUGUGUAAAUGAAGUAGGUAAAUAUCAUUGUAAAUGCAAUUCUGGAUAUCAUUUAAGCAGCGAUAAUCAUAGCUGUGAACAUGAUAACGAUCCUUUGUCAACUCUUCAAAGUCAAGAGAGCACAUCCGGGAACGAAGAAUCUAAUCCAAUAAUUUUUGAUUCUCAACCUGCAAAACGUGAUCGUUGUUUUGCAAAUUGUGGUACUGUAAUGCGCUUACAUGAUAAACUUAGAACUUUACAAGAAAAGGUCCGAGAAAUAAGUACAGCAAUACGAUUAUCAACAUAUGCAUCUGGACCACCAGGACCGCCAGGCCCCCCGGGUCCACCAGGCCCACCAGGAGUGCGUGGAUUUCCAGGACACGACGGUGGACCUUUAUUAUCAAACAAUCCAGAAGACUUCACGUACUCGGUAAUGGACACAUUUGUGCCAUUAGAAGGUGAACAAUCACGUUAUUGCCGAUGUGAACGUGGUCCAAUUGGUCCACCAGGACCACCCGGAGCAAUAGGACCUAAAGGGGAAACUGGAAAUCGAGGCCAACGUGGUAUGAAAGGCGAACAAGGAAAUUUCGAUUAUUUAUUGUUGCUAUUAGCUGAUAUGCGGCACGAUAUUGUACAUUUACAACGUAAAAUUUACAAAGACGGGGAAAAACCACCUACAUUUGAUUUAAAAACAGCCUUGAAUCAUCAUCGUAUAAAGGAAAAACAUCGAUUUAUGCGACAACAUCGUUUAUUACAUGCCUAUGUAGCUCCGCCAGUAGAAGACAAUCAUGAAGUUCAUCAAGCGUCAUAUAGUGCACCGGAACAAAAAAUUCCAAUCUCUGAACAAACUACUGAAAGUAUGGAAUACGAUAAUGAGUAUGUAGACGAAAAUAUUAGCAACACAACAGAAAUUAGUUAUGAAGACGAGUAUUAACGAUAAUUUUAUCUUUUGUUAAAUGUAUAAAAAAGUAUUUAUGU